GGCGCGCUUCCGGAAGUCCGUCACCGCGGGCGACGGAAGCGGCGGCCGGCGGAGCGAGCGAUGGCGGCGGAGGGCGAUGUGGAGCUGGAGCUGGAGGCGGAGCCCAACGGGUCGGCGAGCGGCGGCGAUGGGGGCCGCCCGGCCGAGAAGCCGCGGAAGCACGACAGCGGCGCGGCCGACCUGGAGCGCGUCACCGACUACGCGGAGGAGAAGGAGAUUCAGAGCUCCAACCUGGAGACGGUGCGCGCGCGCAUGCGCCCCCGAGGGGACCGGGCCGGCCGGCCGGCCGGGGGGUGGGGGUGGAGGGGCGCUUCCGCUCUUUGGGGGCUAAUUUCACUAAUGACCCUUCCAGAUGAACCAGGUCUCUCUUACCCUGGUUGA